UGGCUGCCUGCCCUCCCUGCCCCUGCCCAGCUCCACGUCUCGCCUAUAAAUCCCGAGCGAGAGGGACCCUCCCUUCCCACAGCGGAGGUGACACAGAGCACAGCUGGCUGGGGCUGGAGCCCUGUUCUCAGCCUGGGAGCCCAGCAGAGCCCGCAGGGAUGAGAGUGGCCGUGGUGGGCGCGGGGGUCAGCGGGCUGGCAGCCACCAAGUGCUGCCUGGACGAGGGGCUGGAGCCCACCUGCUUCGAGCAGAGCCAGGACAUCGGGGGGCUCUGGCGCUACACGGAGCACAUUGAGGCCGGCCGGCCAAGCCUUUAUCCGUCAGUCAUCAGCAACACCUCCAAGGAGAUGUCUGCCUUCUCUGACUUCCCCUUCCCUGAGCACUUCCCAGUGUUCCUGCCCAACGCCCUGCUCCUGGACUACCUCCGGCGCUACACCGAGCACUUCAGCCUGCGGGAGCACAUCAGGUUUGGGACCACUGUUGUCCGCAUCCGUAAGCACCCCGACUUUGCCACCACGGGCCAGUGGAAUGUGGUCACAGAGGCAGGGGGGAAGCAGACAUCAGAGGUCUUUGAUGCUGUUAUGGUUUGCAACGGCAAUUUCUCGGAGCCAUCCCUCCCCCUGCAGUGUUUUCCUGGCAUCGAGAGGUUUCGAGGGCAGUACUUCCACAGCCGGCAGUACAAGCAUCCUGACGUGUUCCAGGGCAAGCGUGUCCUCGUGGUGGGCAUGGGCAACUCAGGAGUGGACAUCGCAGUGGAGGCCAGUCGUGUCGCUGCAAAGGUGACCAUUAGCACCACUCGAGGAGCCUGGCUGCUCAGCCGUGUGUUUGAGCACGGCUACCCAUGGGAUAUGAUUUUAAACACUCGCCUUAUGACCCUGAUCAAAACCAACCUCCCCGGACCCCUUUCAUGGUGGUUGAUUAAUUAUAAGGCGAACCGGUGGUUCAACCAUGAAAACUAUGGCCUUCAGCCAGAGAACAGCUGGCUGGUGCGGGAGCCCGUGCUGAACGAUGACCUCCCAAGCUACAUCCUGACAGGCAGGAUCACCAUCAAGCCGGGUGUGAAGGAGUUCAAGGACAACUCAGUCCUUUUCCACAACUGCCCUGAGGAGGAGCCCAUCGAUAUUGUUGUCUUCUGCACGGGCUACAACAUCUCCUUCCCCUUCCUGGAAGAAUCCAUCAUCAGGGUGGAAAACAAGCACGCAUCCCUCUACAAAUAUGUGUUCCCAGCCCACCUGCAGAAGCCCACCCUGGCUGUCCUUGGGCUGAUUAAGCCCCUUGGAGCCAUCAUGCCCGUGGCAGAGAUGCAGGCACGCUGGGUGAGCCGUGUCUUCAAAGGCUUGUGUCAGUUGCCUCCCCAGGCUGUCAUGGAGAAGGAAGUAAAUGAGAGGAAGAAAAACCAAAUCCAAUGGUUUGGUCUGACCUUUGACGAAGUCCUCAAAACCGAGUGGCUGGUCUACCUGGACACACUGGCCUCCUUCAUUGGUGCCAAGCCCAGCGUGCUGGGGCUGCUCUGCACAGACCCUUGGCUGGCCCUCACCAUCUUCUUCGGCCCCUGCUCCCCCUACCAGUACCGGCUGGGGGGUCCUGGGCGCUGGGAGGGGGCACGGCAGGCCAUCCUCACCCAGUGGGACCGUGUCCUGAAGCCCACAAGAACAAGAGUCCCUGCUGCCUCCUCCAGCUCUUUCCUGUCUCUCCUGACCGUGGUGGGAUUCCUUCUGCUCCUGGCUGCUGUGAUUUUUGGUUUCCUAUAGCUUUCAGAGCGUGUUUGUUUGUUUAUUGUUUGUUUGGGUUGGGUUUUUUUUGUCCUGAGGGAUUUUAUCUCAGGCCAGUGUGCCACGGGACUGGGGAAAAGGAUUUCAGUAGAUGGCAACAAGCUUUAAUCUGCAACCUGCAGCAUGAACCUCCCUCUGCUCCAGCUCAACCCCAAGCCCAGCUUUGCAGGCCUCAUCAGCCACGGAUGGCAGCCUUGCCCAAGUGUCUGUUGCCCCUCUGCUCCCCUGCCUGCUGCCAGGAACAGAGCAGGGAUUGGUGCCAUGAUUGUGCCUGGAUCACACGAGACAGGAUGCAGAGAGGACAAGACCAGCAAAAGUGGCGGUGUGUCACAGCAGCAAAAAUUAUCUGGGAAAAUAUUCCUGUGAUUAUCUAUCACAGGAAUUAUCUGGGCUGUGUACACAGGUCAGGCUGUCCCCUUCUCCAAACCUAAACACUGCAACCCCAAAACCCCAGUUGGGGUUGAAUGGGUGCAUCUUUCCAGUUGUGGUGGUUUGUCACACAUGAGCCUGUGGGGCUGAGCACACCUGCCUUUGCUUCCCUGCGUGCCCCACCACUGAACAAUCCUAAGGCUUUGUUUUGUGCAUGGAGAGACUUUAAAUGAAUAAAAUCUCAGUGACUG